AACAGCUUGAGACCUUGCCUACCCCUGGCUUGUUUUAGAGAACACAUUUGCUUGCUCUCCUGCUUUGACCUCCUUCCUCCGAUGACCACUCAAGCCAUGAACUUUCCUGACCCUCUCAUGACCUUCCAUCUGAUGAAUGUUGUUUUAAAAUUUGCUUGUUUUUGGGGGUUAUGUUUAAAGCGCAUUCAAAUUAUUUAUGUGAUGAAUAGCGUUAUAAAAGUUGAAUAAAUUAUCAUUAUUAUUGCUCUGAGAAAAAUACUUUUGGAGCCUGUGCUACGUCAAUUGCAGAGACGCCUGUUGCCCAGCAACCGCACACGCCAGGGACAUGAAGGAAACAAUGUUGACGAGGCAAGACAGAAAAUCAUCGAGUAUGGGGUUCUAGAACUAAGCAUUUUAUGGAACUUUUUUGAGAAAACAUCUCGGAAUCAUGUCACGCUCAGCGGCCAAAUCUCGCGACAAGAGUCGUGCUGCCAGCUUGGUUCUGGCACCUGCUCUUCCUCGCCCUGCCUCGGUCCAGAAUGUGGAGACAGUGGACAUUGUCCCAGGUCGCCUCACGGAAGCCGCCUGGGUCACCAUGACAACACAGGACAACGGGGAGGAGGUGGUGGCGGAGAUCAUGGGAGAGCUGGAGGCUGCAGUGAUGAACAGGUGCUAUCAGGUGUACCUGCAAAAACAGCUGGUGCCGUUCACAGUGACCCGGGCCUAUGAAAGCCUGGUGCAGAUGUCUGACUGGCUGUUCCUGGUGAGGGAUGAGGGUGAGGGGCGAGAGAGUGUCACUUUGUGGGGGGAGGACACAGAGCCUGAACCCUGUAAGAGCGACUCAUGGGCCGAGGGCUGUGUUCCUGUCCGGUACACCAGUGUGAGCUCACACACACCUCUUUUGCAGAAGUUGCUGGAUUUGCACCUGGCAGAGUCUACUGAUCCAUGGGAUACACAGAGCAAGCCCCAGUCUCCCAGUAGACAGGACAGCAAUCCCCAGUCUCCCAGUAGACAGGACAGCAAGCUCCAGUCACCUACAAAGCCACAGCCUCCAGACAGAGAGAGAACAGUCCUAGCAAAAAAAAGAAUAGUGGAUUCAACUGAACCUGAGAAGCCAGACAAGGCAGAGAAGAUAGCACCAGAGGAAGUUCAACCCUCACCUUACCUCACUGUAGCCACCUAUAAAGCCCAGAGGAGGAGACAGUCUCAGACCCAACCAGGCGCACACAAGGCCCUACCACCACCUCUGAAGACCUACAAACCCUUAUUCACCCCUAGUGAACCAGCCCAGCAGUACCAGAGCCUCUCUGUACCCCAACUUCAGGGGCAUAGACCACGAGAGGUCCCAGUCCCUAGGAGACUGGACCCCGCUAGACUACCACAACACCAUGUCUGGCCUGAGGUGGAGGUCCUGGAGCCUCGGCCCUCACACCGCUUAAAGGAGAGAAUAGGGCCCAAAAACAGGGCCCCCCACCGGCCCAAUCAGGACCAUCACAGCAUGGCACGCCGAGGCACCAUCACCCCCCUGACUGCCCACACCCACCAUGCUUUACUCAGCAAGACUCGGAAGAAGAGUCUGCACCAUGGUGUCCAGCUACAGAGGCAUGUGCUCCGAGGCGGUACCCAGCCAAGUGGCUCAACUGUGGGCUACACUCCGCUCUCCACUGGCCUCGAUCUGGAUACCAUUGAGCUGGUGCCAGGAGUGGCCAUUGGGGACCCAGUAUGUGGGACUGGGGAAAACAAGCCGUUCUGGGUUUCCCAUCUGCCUGAGCUGAGGCCUAUCAGAAGCAGCCUCCCGGCCAUGUUGUGGUCCUUGAAUCAGGUGGUGGGAGGGCAGAGCCCUCGAGUCAGUGCCCCCACUGGGAAACACUGGGCAUGAGGAGCGAUAGGAACCACUGCAGUCUCAAUCACACUGCAGCCUAAUGGACUGUCAUUUGAUGAAUAGGUGCUGAUUUGCUUUUAUUUAAUAAAGAGAAGAUGUGAAUUCCAUUUUAUAUUCUAAGUUUAAUUUAAGCUAUUCCAGCAUGUAAAAGCUCUCUUCCAAAUGUUGUGUUUGUUUAAGGAAGGCCACCUAGCGUCUAAACCUAUUUAAAUUAGGGACUGCACUUGAGUUUGUGUACCUAUUUUGAUGCUUUUCUUCUGUGAGAUAGUGCUCCCAUGUUUUGUCAGAUGAACUUCAACCUCUACCCCCCCAUGUAUUCUUAACCAGUUACAUAACAACACAGUGAUAUUGUUACUGAUCACCUGUUUGUUUUCAACUUUGCCUUGUUCAUAGAUGUCCUGAGGUUUGAUGUUAAUGCAGUUCAAUACUUGACCCCACGAUGGCAGUGCGGAUCAUAUUCUAACAUUUGUCAUCAAAAUGCUUCUGAGCAAAUUCAGGAGUUGUUUGCUAGGGUGCACCAAGAAUAUGCGACGAAAACAGAUGACCAAGGAACAUACAUUAAACACCAUUGUUCAGGUCUGGCUCAACGCUUCAUACACUUACUUUAUUUUAGACAUAUAUUAUCUUUUGUAAUGACAUUAAUUCUCACCACUGAAAACUGAGUCUUAUCAACCAUUGAGAAGAGUAUUUAAAAAAACAUCUAUGACUAGUAUCCCAUUUUGGCAAUUAUUCUGUGUUGAGUUCCUGCAUAGCGAUAAGGGCACUGUUUUUCUGUUUUUACUGCAAGAAAUACCAAAAUAUCCCCCAGCUAAUUUUGCACUGUAUGCAUGAAUUGUUUACAGACCAGCACACCACGUACCGUAUGUGGCACCUCAACAUAAAGAUCUUACUUUUA